AUGAAGACAGCACUGCCGCUGCUGCUGUCGCUGGCCUUAACUCUCUACAACUCCUCCAACCACAACAACUACAGCUCCUCCAACCACAACAACUACAGCUCCUCCAACCACAACAACCACAGCUCCUCCAACCACAACAACCACAGCUCCAACCACGACAACUACAGCUCCUCCAACCACGACAACUACAGCUCCUCCAACCACGACAACUACAGCUCCUCCACCCACUACAACUACAGCUCCUCCAACCACAACAACAACAGCUCCUCUAACCACAACAACUACAGCUCCUCCAACCACGACAACUACAGCUCCUCCAACCACUACAACUACAGCUCCUCCAACCACAACAACUACAGCUCCUCCAACCAUGACAACAACAGCUCCUCCAACCACAACAACUACAGAUCCUCCAACCACGACAACAACAGCUCCUCAAACCACGACAACUACAGCUCCUCCAACCACAACCACUACAACAGCUCCUCCAACCACGACAACAGCUCCUCCAACAACUACAACUACAGCUCCUCCAACCACAACGACCACAGCUCCAACCACGACAACAACAGCUCCUCCAACCACGACAACUACAGCUCCUCCAACCACGACAACUACAGCUCCUCCAACCACAACAACUACAGCUCCUCCAACCACAACAACUACAGCCCCUCAAACCACGAAAACAACAGUUCUCCCAACCACAACAACUACAGCUCCUCCAACCACUACAACUACAGCUCCUCCAACCACAACAACUACAGCCCCUCCAACCACGAAAACUACAGCUCCGCCAACCACGACAACUACAGCUCCUCCAACCACUACAACUACAGCUCCUCCAACCACGACAACAGCUCCUCCAACAACUACAGCUCCUCCAACCACAACAACUACAGCCCCUCCAACCACAACAACUACAGCUCCUCCAACCACGACAACAACAGCUCCUCCAACCACUACAACCACAAUUCCUCCAACCACGACAACUACAGCCCCUCCAACCACGACAACAACAGCUCUCCCAACCACAACUACAGCCCCUCCAACCACGACAACCACAGCUCCGCCAACCACGACAACUACAGCUCCUCCAACCACUACAACUACAGCUCCUCCAACCACGACAACAGCUCCUCCAACAACUACAGCUCCUCCAACCACAACAACUACAGCCCCUCCAACCACAACAACUACAGCUCCUCCAACCACGACAACUACAGCUCCUCCAACAACUACAACUACAGCUCCUCCAACCACAACGACCACAGCUCCAACCACGACAACUACAGCUAUUCCAACCACAACAACUACAGCUCCUCCAACCACAACAACUACAGCCCCUCCAACCAAAACAACAACAGCUCCUCUAACCACAACAACUACAGCUCCUCAAACCACAACAACUACAGCUCCUCCAACCACUACAACUACAGCUCCUCCAACCACAACAACUACAGCCCCUCCAACCACAACAACUACAGCUCCUCCAACCACGACAACUACAGCUCCUCCAACCACGACAACUACAGCUCCUCCAACCACAACAACAACAGCUCCUCUAACCACAACAACUACAGCUACUCCAACCACAACAACUACAGCUCCUCCAACCACUACAACUACAGCUCCUCCAACCACAACAACUACAGCCCCUCCAACCACGAAAACUACAGCUCCUCCAACCACGACAACUACAGCUCCUCCAACCACUACAACUACAGCUCCUCCAACCACAACAACUACAGCUCCUCCAACCAUGACAACAACAGCUCCUCCAACCACAACAACUACAGAUCCUCCAACCACGACAACAACAGCUCCUCAAACCACGACAACUACAGCUCCUCCAACCACAACCACUACAACAGCUCCUCCAACCACGACAACAGCUCCUCCAACAACUACAACUACAGCUCCUCCAACCACAACGACCACAGCUCCAACCACGACAACAACAGCUCCUCCAACCACGACAACUACAGCUCCUCCAACCACGACAACUACAGCUCCUCCAACCACAACAACUACAGCUCCUCCAACCACAACAACCACAGCUCCUCCAACCACGACAACUACAGCUCCUCCAAGCACAACAACAACAGCUCCUCUAACCACAACAACUACAGCUCCUCAAACCACAACAACUACAGCUCCUCCAACCACAACAACCACAGCUCCUCCAACCACGACAACUACAGAUCCUCCAACCACGACAACAACAGCUCUUCCAACCACUACAACCACAAUUCCUCCAACCACGACAACAACAGCUCCGCCAACCACGACAACUACAGCUCCUCCAACCACUACAACUACAGCUCCUCCAACCACGACAACAGCUCCAACCACGACAACAACAGCUCCUCCAACCACGACAACUACAGCUCCUCCAACCACAACAACCACAGCUCCUCCCACCACAACAACUACAGCCCCUCCAACCACAACAACAACAGCUCCUCCAACCACGACAACUACAGCUCCUCCAACCACGACAACUACAGCUCCUCCAACCACAACAACAACAGCUCCUCUAACCACAACAACUACAGCUCCUCAAACCACAACAACUACAGCUCCUCCAACCACUACAACUACAGCUCCUCCAACCACGACAACAGCUCCUCCAACCACGACAACUACAGCUCCUCAAACCACAACAACUACAGCUCCUCCAACCACUACAACUACAGCUCCUCCAACCACAACAACUACAGCUCCUCCAACCACUACAACUACAGCUCCUCCAACCACGACAACUACAGCUCCUCCAACCACGACAACAGCUCCUCCAACGACUACAACUACAGCUCCUCCAACCACAACAACUACAGCUCCUCCAACCAUGACAACUACAGCUCCUCCAACCACAACAACCACAGCUCCUCCAACCACAACAACUACAGAUCCUCCAACCACGACAACAACAGCUCCUCAAACCACGACAACUACAGCUCCUCCAACCACGACAACUACAGCUCCUCCAACCACAACAACAACAGCUCCUCUAACCACAACAACUACAGCUCCUCAAACCACAACAACUACAGCUACUCCAACCACAACAACUACAGCUCCUCCAACCACUACAACUACAGCUCCUCCAACCACAACAACUACAGCCCCUCCAACCACGAAAACUACAGCUCCUCCAACCACUACAACUACAGCUCCUCCAACCACUACAACUACAGCUCCUCCAACCACGACAACAGCUCCUCCAACGACUACAACUACAGCUCCUCCAACCACAACGACCACAGCUCCAACCACGACAACAACAGCUCCUCCAACCACGACAACUACAGCUCCUCCAACCACAACAACUACAGCUCCUCCAACCACAACAACCACAGCUCCUCCAACCACGACAACUACAGCUCCUCCAACCACAACAACAACAGCUCCUCUAACCACAAAAACUACAGCUCCUCAAACCACAACAACUAUAGCUCCUCCAACCACAACAACCACAGCUCCUCCAACCACGACAACUACAGAUCCUCCAACCACGACAACAACAGCUCCUCCAACCACUACAACCACAAUUCCUCCAACCACGACAACUACAGCUCCUCCAACCACAACGACCACAGCUCCAACCACGACAACAACAGCUCCUCCAACCACGACAACUACAGCUCCUCCAACCACGACAACUACAGCUCCUCCAACCACAACAACUACAGCUCCUCCAACCACAACAACUACAGCCCCUCAAACCACGAAAACAACACCCCUCCAACCACGAAAACUACAGCUCCGCCAACCACGACAACUACAGCUCCUCCAACCACUACAACUACAGCUCCUCCAACCACGACAACAGCUCCUCCAACAACUACAGCUCCUCCAACCACAACAACUACAGCCCCUCCAACCACAACAACUACAGCUCCUCCAACCACGACAACAACAGCUCCUCCAACCACUACAACCACAAUUCCUCCAACCACGACAACUACAGCCCCUCCAACCACGACAACAACAGCUCUCCCAACCACAACUACAGCCCCUCCAACCACGACAACCACAGCUCCGCCAACCACGACAACUACAGCUCCUCCAACCACUACAACUACAGCUCCUCCAACCACGACAACAGCUCCUCCAACAACUACAGCUCCUCCAACCACAACAACUACAGCCCCUCCAACCACAACAACUACAGCUCCUCCAACCACGACAACUACAGCUCCUCCAACAACUACAACUACAGCUCCUCCAACCACAACGACCACAGCUCCAACCACGACAACUACAGCUAUUCCAACCACAACAACUACAGCUCCUCCAACCACAACAACUACAGCCCCUCCAACCAAAACAACAACAGCUCCUCUAACCACAACAACUACAGCUCCUCAAACCACAACAACUACAGCUCCUCCAACCACUACAACUACAGCUCCUCCAACCACAACAACUACAGCCCCUCCAACCACAACAACUACAGCUCCUCCAACCACGACAACUACAGCUCCUCCAACCACGACAACUACAGCUCCUCCAACCACAACAACAACAGCUCCUCUAACCACAACAACUACAGCUACUCCAACCACAACAACUACAGCUCCUCCAACCACUACAACUACAGCUCCUCCAACCACAACAACUACAGCCCCUCCAACCACGAAAACUACAGCUCCUCCAACCACGACAACUACAGCUCCUCCAACCACUACAACUACAGCUCCUCCAACCACAACAACUACAGCUCCUCCAACCAUGACAACAACAGCUCCUCCAACCACAACAACUACAGAUCCUCCAACCACGACAACAACAGCUCCUCAAACCACGACAACUACAGCUCCUCCAACCACAACCACUACAACAGCUCCUCCAACCACGACAACAGCUCCUCCAACAACUACAACUACAGCUCCUCCAACCACAACGACCACAGCUCCAACCACGACAACAACAGCUCCUCCAACCACGACAACUACAGCUCCUCCAACCACGACAACUACAGCUCCUCCAACCACAACAACUACAGCUCCUCCAACCACAACAACCACAGCUCCUCCAACCACGACAACUACAGCUCCUCCAAGCACAACAACAACAGCUCCUCUAACCACAACAACUACAGCUCCUCAAACCACAACAACUACAGCUCCUCCAACCACAACAACCACAGCUCCUCCAACCACGACAACUACAGAUCCUCCAACCACGACAACAACAGCUCUUCCAACCACUACAACCACAAUUCCUCCAACCACGACAACAACAGCUCCGCCAACCACGACAACUACAGCUCCUCCAACCACUACAACUACAGCUCCUCCAACCACGACAACAGCUCCAACCACGACAACAACAGCUCCUCCAACCACGACAACUACAGCUCCUCCAACCACAACAACCACAGCUCCUCCCACCACAACAACUACAGCCCCUCCAACCACAACAACAACAGCUCCUCCAACCACGACAACUACAGCUCCUCCAACCACGACAACUACAGCUCCUCCAACCACAACAACAACAGCUCCUCUAACCACAACAACUACAGCUCCUCAAACCACAACAACUACAGCUCCUCCAACCACUACAACUACAGCUCCUCCAACCACGACAACAGCUCCUCCAACCACGACAACUACAGCUCCUCAAACCACAACAACUACAGCUCCUCCAACCACUACAACUACAGCUCCUCCAACCACAACAACUACAGCUCCUCCAACCACUACAACUACAGCUCCUCCAACCACGACAACUACAGCUCCUCCAACCACGACAACAGCUCCUCCAACGACUACAACUACAGCUCCUCCAACCACAACAACUACAGCUCCUCCAACCAUGACAACUACAGCUCCUCCAACCACAACAACCACAGCUCCUCCAACCACAACAACUACAGAUCCUCCAACCACGACAACAACAGCUCCUCAAACCACGACAACUACAGCUCCUCCAACCACGACAACUACAGCUCCUCCAACCACGACAACUACAGCUCCUCCAACCACAACAACUACAGCUCCUCCAACCACAACAACCACAGCUCCUCCAACCACGACAACUACAGCUCCUCCAAGCACAACAACAACAGCUCCUCUAACCACAACAACUACAGCUCCUCAAACCACAACAACUACAGCUCCUCCAACCACAACAACCACAGCUCCUCCAACCACGACAACUACAGAUCCUCCAACCACGACAACAACAGCUCUUCCAACCACUACAACCACAAUUCCUCCAACCACGACAACAACAGCUCCGCCAACCACGACAACUACAGCUCCUCCAACCACUACAACUACAGCUCCUCCAACCACGACAACAGCUCCAACCACGACAACAACAGCUCCUCCAACCACGACAACUACAGCUCCUCCAACCACAACAACCACAGCUCCUCCCACCACAACAACUACAGCCCCUCCAACCACAACAACAACAGCUCCUCCAACCACGACAACUACAGCUCCUCCAACCACGACAACUACAGCUCCUCCAACCACAACAACAACAGCUCCUCUAACCACAACAACUACAGCUCCUCAAACCACAACAACUACAGCUCCUCCAACCACUACAACUACAGCUCCUCCAACCACGACAACAGCUCCUCCAACCACGACAACUACAGCUCCUCAAACCACAACAACUACAGCUCCUCCAACCACUACAACUACAGCUCCUCCAACCACAACAACUACAGCUCCUCCAACCACUACAACUACAGCUCCUCCAACCACGACAACUACAGCUCCUCCAACCACGACAACAGCUCCUCCAACGACUACAACUACAGCUCCUCCAACCACAACAACUACAGCUCCUCCAACCAUGACAACUACAGCUCCUCCAACCACAACAACCACAGCUCCUCCAACCACAACAACUACAGAUCCUCCAACCACGACAACAACAGCUCCUCAAACCACGACAACUACAGCUCCUCCAACCACGACAACUACAGCUCCUCCAACCACAACAACAACAGCUCCUCUAACCACAACAACUACAGCUCCUCAAACCACAACAACUACAGCUACUCCAACCCACAACAACUACAGCUCCUCCAACCACUACAACUACAGCUCCUCCAACCACAACAACUACAGCCCCUCCAACCACGAAAACUACAGCUCCUCCAACCACUACAACUACAGCUCCUCCAACCACUACAACUACAGCUCCUCCAACCACGACAACAGCUCCUCCAACGACUACAACUACAGCUCCUCCAACCACAACGACCACAGCUCCAACCACGACAACAACAGCUCCUCCAACCACGACAACUACAGCUCCUCCAACCACAACAACUACAGCUCCUCCAACCACAACAACCACAGCUCCUCCAACCACGACAACUACAGCUCCUCCAACCACAACAACAACAGCUCCUCUAACCACAAAAACUACAGCUCCUCAAACCACAACAACUAUAGCUCCUCCAACCACAACAACCACAGCUCCUCCAACCACGACAACUACAGAUCCUCCAACCACGACAACAACAGCUCCUCCAACCACUACAACCACAAUUCCUCCAACCACGACAACUACAGCUCCUCCAACCACAACGACCACAGCUCCAACCACGACAACAACAGCUCCUCCAACCACGACAACUACAGCUCCUCCAACCACGACAACUACAGCUCCUCCAACCACAACAACUACAGCUCCUCCAACCACAACAACUACAGCCCCUCAAACCACGAAAACAACAGUUCUCCCAACCACAACAACUACAGCUCCUCCAACCACUACAACUACAGCUCCUCCAACCACAACAACUACAGCCCCUCCAACCACGAAAACUACAGCUCCGCCAACCACGACAACUACAGCUCCUCCAACCACUACAACUACAGCUCCUCCAACCACGACAACAGCUCCUCCAACAACUACAGCUCCUCCAACCACAACAACUACAGCCCCUCCAACCACAACAACUACAGCUCCUCCAACCACGACAACAACAGCUCCUCCAACCACUACAACCACAAUUCCUCCAACCACGACAACUACAGCCCCUCCAACCACGACAACAACAGCUCUCCCAACCACAACUACAGCCCCUCCAACCACGACAACCACAGCUCCGCCAACCACGACAACUACAGCUCCUCCAACCACUACAACUACAGCUCCUCCAACCACGACAACAGCUCCUCCAACAACUACAGCUCCUCCAACCACAACAACUACAGCCCCUCCAACCACAACAACUACAGCUCCUCCAACCACGACAACUACAGCUCCUCCAACAACUACAACUACAGCUCCUCCAACCACAACGACCACAGCUCCAACCACGACAACUACAGCUAUUCCAACCACAACAACUACAGCUCCUCCAACCACAACAACUACAGCCCCUCCAACCAAAACAACAACAGCUCCUCUAACCACAACAACUACAGCUCCUCAAACCACAACAACUACAGCUCCUCCAACCACUACAACUACAGCUCCUCCAACCACAACAACUACAGCCCCUCCAACCACAACAACUACAGCUCCUCCAACCACGACAACUACAGCUCCUCCAACCACGACAACUACAGCUCCUCCAACCACAACAACAACAGCUCCUCUAACCACAACAACUACAGCUACUCCAACCACAACAACUACAGCUCCUCCAACCACUACAACUACAGCUCCUCCAACCACAACAACUACAGCCCCUCCAACCACGAAAACUACAGCUCCUCCAACCACGACAACUACAGCUCCUCCAACCACUACAACUACAGCUCCUCCAACCACAACAACUACAGCUCCUCCAACCAUGACAACAACAGCUCCUCCAACCACAACAACUACAGAUCCUCCAACCACGACAACAACAGCUCCUCAAACCACGACAACUACAGCUCCUCCAACCACAACCACUACAACAGCUCCUCCAACCACGACAACAGCUCCUCCAACAACUACAACUACAGCUCCUCCAACCACAACGACCACAGCUCCAACCACGACAACAACAGCUCCUCCAACCACGACAACUACAGCUCCUCCAACCACGACAACUACAGCUCCUCCAACCACAACAACUACAGCUCCUCCAACCACAACAACCACAGCUCCUCCAACCACGACAACUACAGCUCCUCCAAGCACAACAACAACAGCUCCUCUAACCACAACAACUACAGCUCCUCAAACCACAACAACUACAGCUCCUCCAACCACAACAACCACAGCUCCUCCAACCACGACAACUACAGAUCCUCCAACCACGACAACAACAGCUCUUCCAACCACUACAACCACAAUUCCUCCAACCACGACAACAACAGCUCCGCCAACCACGACAACUACAGCUCCUCCAACCACUACAACUACAGCUCCUCCAACCACGACAACAGCUCCAACCACGACAACAACAGCUCCUCCAACCACGACAACUACAGCUCCUCCAACCACAACAACCACAGCUCCUCCCACCACAACAACUACAGCCCCUCCAACCACAACAACAACAGCUCCUCCAACCACGACAACUACAGCUCCUCCAACCACGACAACUACAGCUCCUCCAACCACAACAACAACAGCUCCUCUAACCACAACAACUACAGCUCCUCAAACCACAACAACUACAGCUCCUCCAACCACUACAACUACAGCUCCUCCAACCACGACAACAGCUCCUCCAACCACGACAACUACAGCUCCUCAAACCACAACAACUACAGCUCCUCCAACCACUACAACUACAGCUCCUCCAACCACAACAACUACAGCUCCUCCAACCACUACAACUACAGCUCCUCCAACCACGACAACUACAGCUCCUCCAACCACGACAACAGCUCCUCCAACGACUACAACUACAGCUCCUCCAACCACAACAACUACAGCUCCUCCAACCAUGACAACUACAGCUCCUCCAACCACAACAACCACAGCUCCUCCAACCACAACAACUACAGAUCCUCCAACCACGACAACAACAGCUCCUCAAACCACGACAACUACAGCUCCUCCAACCACGACAACUACAGCUCCUCCAACCACAACAACAACAGCUCCUCUAACCACAACAACUACAGCUCCUCAAACCACAACAACUACAGCUACUCCAACCACAACAACUACAGCUCCUCCAACCACUACAACUACAGCUCCUCCAACCACAACAACUACAGCCCCUCCAACCACGAAAACUACAGCUCCUCCAACCACUACAACUACAGCUCCUCCAACCACUACAACUACAGCUCCUCCAACCACGACAACAGCUCCUCCAACGACUACAACUACAGCUCCUCCAACCACAACGACCACAGCUCCAACCACGACAACAACAGCUCCUCCAACCACGACAACUACAGCUCCUCCAACCACAACAACUACAGCUCCUCCAACCACAACAACCACAGCUCCUCCAACCACGACAACUACAGCUCCUCCAACCACAACAACAACAGCUCCUCUAACCACAAAAACUACAGCUCCUCAAACCACAACAACUAUAGCUCCUCCAACCACAACAACCACAGCUCCUCCAACCACGACAACUACAGAUCCUCCAACCACGACAACAACAGCUCCUCCAACCACUACAACCACAAUUCCUCCAACCACGACAACUACAGCCCCUCCAACCACGACAACAACAGCUCUCCCAACCACAACUACAGCCCCUCCAACCACGACAACCACAGCUCCGCCAACCACGACAACUACAGCUCCUCCAACCACUACAACUACAGCUCCUCCAACCACGACAACAGCUCCUCCAACAACUACAGCUCCUUCAACCACAACAACUACAGCCCCUCCAACCACAACAACUACAGCUCCUCCAACCACGACAACUACAGAUCCUCCAACCACGACAACAACAGCUCCUCCAACCACUACAACCACAAUUCCUCCAACCACGACAACUACAGCCCCUCCAACCACGACAACAACAGCUCUCCCAACCACAACUACAGCCCCUCCAACCACGACAACCACAGCUCCGCCAACCACGACAACUACAGCUCCUCCAACCACUACAACUACAGCUCCUCCAACCACGACAACAGCUCCUCCAACAACUACAGCGCCUCCAACCACAACAACUACAGCCCCUCCAACCACAACAACUACAGCUCCUCCAACCACGACAACUACAGCUCCUCCAACAACUACAACUACAGCUCCUCCAACCACAACGACCACAGCUCCAACCACGACAACUACAGCUCCUCCAACCACAACAACUACAGCUCCUCCAACCACAACAACUACAGCCCCUCCAACCAAAACAACAACAGCUCCUCUAACCACAACAACUACAGCUCCUCAAACCACAACAACUACAGCUCCUCCAACCACUACAACUACAGCUCCUCCAACCACAACAACUACAGCCCCUCCAACCACAACAACUACAGCUCCUCCAACCACGACAACUACAGCUCCUCCAACCACGACAACUACAGCUCCUCCAACCACAACAACAACAGCUCCUCUAACCACAACAACUACAGCUCCUCAAACCACAACAACUACAGCUACUCCAACCACAACAACUACAGCUCCUCCAACCACUACAACUACAGCUCCUCCAACCACAACAACUACAGCCCCUCAAACCACGAAAACAACAGUUCUCCCAACCACAACAACUACAGCUCCUCCAACCACUACAACUACAGCUCCUCCAACCACAACAACUACAGCCCCUCCAACCACGAAAACUACAGCUCCUCCAACCACUACAACUACAGCUCCUCCAACCACAAUAACUACAGCCCCUCCAACCACGAAAACAACAGCUCUCCCAACCACAACUACAGCCCCUCCAACCACGACAACCACAGCUCCGCCAACCACUACAACUACAAUUCCUCCAACCACGACAACUACAGCUCCUCCAACCACAACAACUACAGCUCCUCCAACCACUACAACCACAAUUCCUCCAACCACUACAGCCCCUCCAACCACGACAACAACAGCUCUCCCAACCACAACUACAGCCCCUCCAACCACGACAAACACAGCUCCGCCAACCACGACAACUACAGCUCCUCCAACCACUACAACUACAGCUCCUCCAACCACGACAACAGCUCCUCCAACAACUACAACUACAGCUCCUCCAACCACAACGACCACAGCUCCAACCACGACAACAACAGCUCCUCCAACCACGACAACUACAGCUCCUCCAACCACAACAACUACAGCUCCUCCAACCACUACAACUACAGCUCCUCCAACCACAACAACUACAGCUCCUCCAACCACUACAACUACAGCUCCUCCAACCACAACAACAACAGCUCCUCUAACCACAACAACUACAGCUCCUCCAACCACUACAACUACAGCUCCUCCAACCACGACAACAGCUCCUCCAACGACUACAACUACAGCUCCUCCAACCACAACGACCACAGCUCCAACCACGACAACAACAGCUCCUCCAACCACGACAACUACAGCUCCUCCAACCACAACAACUACAGCUCCUCCAACCACAACAACCACAGCUCCUCCAACCACGACAACUACAGCUCCUCCAACCACAACAACAACAGCUCCUCUAACCACAACAACUACAGCUCCUCAAACCACAACAACUACAGCUCCUCCAACCACAACAACCACAGCUCCUCCAACCACGACAACUACAGAUCCUCCAACCACGACAACAACAGCUCCUCCAACCACUACAACCACAAUUCCUCCAACCACGACAACUACAGCCCCUCCAACCACGACAACAACAGCUCUCCCAACCACAACUACAGCCCCUCCAACCACGACAACCACAGCUCCGCCAACCACGACAACUACAGCUCCUCCAACCACUACAACUACAGCUCCUCCAACCACGACAACAGCUCCUCCAACAACUAA